CGUUAUAAAGUCGCCUCGACGAUGCACUUUUAUUUCCGCAGCGUCGAUUAACGAGCUCUGAGUGACAAGGAGAACUAAUGCAGCCUCUCAUUGUGGUUUACUGAAGUUCUGGUGGCUCAGAGAAUUUUUUUCUACUCAGUUUUGGUGUUUGGUUUUGUAAUCUCGAUGCUCUAAAGCGCCGUGUCUGACUGGGUGGAUAAACCAAACCACUAGUUAUCUAUCUGUCCGACUUGGACAUCUUUUUUUUGUUUUUUUGUUCACCCCUUUUGGUCAGUUCGCGGUCCGGUCCACUAAUCCAGUGACUCACACAUCAAGUCGGCGCCUUGAUAGCUCUCAAGAGGACGUGGUUAAUCCUGGAAAUGGACGAUAUUUUGCUCGUUGAAGUCUUGAAAGUUUAAAUUUUGCGCUGCUUUCCCCCCCUUCUCCGAAACGCGAGGUGUGGCCAUGUGUGACGAGGCGGUGCGUCAGACGCGCAGUCAGAAGCGGGCUUUAGAGCGGGAGGCUCUGCCCGUGGACUUGGAUGUGAAGAAGGUGAAGCUGGAAGGUGGAGACAGGGAUGAUCGGCCCGUGCUGCGUCCCAGACCCGAGGCCUCGGCUCGCAGCUCCAAUAUCCUGAGCACCGGUGAGGUGAAGGCCACCAUUAAAGUGGAACUGCAGACCCGAGACGAGCCUGUGGACAUGAGCACCACGAAAGGCGAUGUUAAGAAAGAGAAGCGGCCUCCGUCGCCAGACGAGAUCAUCGUUCUGUCUGAUAAUGAGCCAUCCAGCCCACAGAUGAAUGGUGGGAGUCACUUCAAAGACCUCGACACAGACCUGCUCAUGAGGAGCAGUCCUGAAGAGCGAGUUCGCAUUAUAAAGCAACUGAAGGAGGAGCUGAGGCUAGAAGAGGCUAGGCUGGUAUUGUUAAAGAAACUCCGACAGAGCCAAAUACACAAGGAAACCAAUGUACAGAAGCCCUUAGGUUCAGGCUCUGUGGCCACGCCCCCUCCUCUGGUGAGAGGCUCAGGGACCAACAAAGGAACUCAGCCUCAGGUUCUGUCCAGCCGGAGUUCAGCGGGAGUCAUCCCUCCUCCUCUGGUGCGUGGAGGCCAGGUGUCCAAACACUGCUCGCAAAACUCUCAAAUCAUCAUGCCUCCACUGGUCAGAGGAGCUCAGCCGAUCUCUGUGACGCCACAGCAGAUAGUGAGUCUGCGGCAGCAGCAACAGCAGUACUCCAGCUCAGGUCCACCACCCCUGCUGCUGGCCCCGAGAGCCUCCGUGCCCAGUGUUCAGGGCCAGAAAAUCAUCCAGCCCAACCUCAUUCGCGUGGCCAGUGUAUCAAAUGCCAACCUGCUCGUCAAUGUCAGUCCGUCCACCACCAACCUGAAGACAUCCUCUGGGGGUGCUCAGAGUGCCCUGGCAAAUGCCAACGAAUCUCCUGCCAGCCGACAGGCGGCGGCUAAGCUGGCACUGCGGAAGCAGCUGGAGAAGACUUUGCUGGAGAUUCCUCCUCCCAAACCCCCUGCCCCUGAAUUCAAUUUCCUGCCCUCGGCAGCCAAUAACGAGUUCAUCUACCUGGUGGGCCUGGAGGAGGUUGUGCAGUGCCUACUGGACGCCCUGGGGAGAGGUAAGCAAGGAGGUUCUCAGGCUUCCGUUUCCGCGGAGCCGUUUACAUGCACUCAGUGUAAGACGGACUUCACCUGCCGCUGGCGUAAGGAGAAGAGUGGUGCCAUCAUGUGCGAACAGUGCAUGUCCACCAAUCAGAAGGCGGCCCUGAAGGCCGAGCACACCAAUCGACUGAAGGCAGCCUUCGUCAAGGCCCUGCAGCAGGAGCAGGAGAUCGAGCAGAGGAUCCUCCAGCAGGCAUCCUCUCCAAUCCCGCAUUCACCUUCCUCCUCUUCAUCCUCGAGCCAUGUGGUGAAGUCGGAGCAGCAGGUGAUUGUCUCUCAGCAGAUCAAGCAGCGCUCCUCUUCCUCGCUCCAGCAGCACAGUCGAACUAGCCAGCCGAUCAGCCGCCACCAUUCCCCUAUAACACAGAGUUCUGCUCAGCUGUCCCGCAGUGUUCAGCAGUCAGCAGCGGGCCUGCGUGGUGUCUCCCACUCCUUCUCUCCGGCCUCUCAGCUCCAGAACGCUGUGGCAGCUGCCGCGCUGGUCAGCAGGCCAGGUAAGCAUGCUGUGCUUCAGGGGUCAAAGGUCAGCAGCAGCAGUGCCAGCAGCAGGACCUCUAAGACAGUGACCUCCUCCACCUGGAGGAAGCGGAACAACGCAACACCAGGUGUGACUAUGGCCUAUGUAAACCCCAGCCUGCCUGUGCACAAGUCGUCUUCGUCGUCAGCGGUGGAGCGUCAGAGAGAGUACCUGUUAGACAUGAUCCCCUCCCGAUCCAUCUCCCAGACUGCAAACACGUGGAAAUAAUAACCUGACCACGUGCCACCUUCAGCCGAGCUUUCCUAACGAUCACAAACCUCAGUCCUCUUCAAGAGCCUCGCCUGGAAUCCUGGAAGAGCUCUAGGAACGGAUCUAGAACCUCUGAGAUUAGUGUGGGAUUAUGGAAGAGCUCUAGAGGCUCCAGAGUCUCGCCUUCAAUCGUGGAAAAUGUGCUGAAGAAAAUCUUUCGGCUUCUAUCACAGCAGGUUUUCCUCAAUCACCUGGCUUCUGAUUUUCCUCCCCAAAACUUCAUGUAUGUGUCUUUUAAGAAAAAUAAAGUUUGAUCAUUGUGCAAGAACAGAGAUGUAUAUUAAAGCAAUAGGCUCCGGAUCCAGUCACCCUGACCAGUUACUGAAGAUGAUGAAUGGCGGGCGGGGGGGGGAGGAGAAAAAAAAAAAUAAACCAAGAAGAAAUGAAAAGGUUAAAGGGCUUCCACUCGUGCUUUGCUGCCAGGUUGUAAAUGUCAGUAGAGACUCGUGUUUGUAAGCUGAAACAUGACGGCGUGACUCGAGUACUCUGUACUCGUGGAGAUGAUGUGCGGAGAGUCUGCGUGUGUCCUGCCUUUUGAAUCCGAGACAGUGAGAAACUGUCUAUUCUCAAUAUGAAUCAUGGAACUUAUAUUUCUUUGGAAGAAAAAAAGAACAACUCCCUGACACCUCAGAUACGGUUUCAGCCUCCGUGUGGAUGCCGUACUGUUCAGCUGAUGGGAGACGAAGGCAUCCUCAGCAUCUCUGCUUGAUGAUGUCCCGCCGCUCUGUUUCGGGGUUGUAUAGCAGUGCUGGCUGCCUCCGGUUCCACUGCCUGUACAAACUCCUGUUCUGAUUUGUUAGGUUUACUUUUGUUUCUCAGUUUGAGAAGUAAUAAAAGAAUUUUAACCCUUG